AGUGAAGGUCGCUACUACUGGGCCCAGGCGGGGGAGGGGGGCGCCUGGACCCCCCCGCCCCCCGACACAGCCCCCAGACCGGGCGCCAAGUACACAGAAGCAGACUUCGCUGGGGACUUGAAGUCUGUAGAGGUAAAGUCUGUAGAGGUGCAGACUGUGAAUGUACAGACCCUCGUGACGCGGUCUGUACAGACCUGUUCCCCUCUUGGGGUCUGCAAGGCCGUGCAGAGUCCCCUCAGAUCUGCAGCCCACGUUGGUCUGCAGGUUCAGGUAGCCUCUGCAGACACUCAUGUUCAGACCUGCAGACUGGUGCUGAUAGACCAAGUCUGUCAGACCCACGAGCCUGCAAGACAGACACUCGAUUCUACGAGCCAGACCCAAGAUUCAACGAUUCAGACUCAAGAUUCAACGAGUCAGACCCACGAUUCAACAAGUCAAAGCCCCGAUUCAACGAGUCAGACCCACGAUUCAACAAGUCAAAGCCCCGAUUCAACUAGUCAGACCCUCGAUUCAACAAACCAGACCAUCGAUUCUACGAACCAGACCCUAGAUUCUAUGAAUCGGACACUUGAUUCAGCGAAUCAAACUCACGAUUCAACAAGUCAGACUCAAGAUUCACUCACCAUGAUUCCCCAAGAUUCAUCGUCUCCAGGCUCCAUGGAGCCAACAGAGUCAACAGAGGAGCAGAUUCAACAGGAGCUCCAUG